AUGAAAGAAACACAAAAGCCAAAGAUAAUAUUCAUCCCUUACCCGGCGCAAGGCCAUGUCACCCCGAUGCUCCACCUCGCAUCGGCCUUCCUCAGCCGUGGCUUCUCCCCUGUGGUUAUGACUCCCGAGUCUAUCCACCGUCGGAUCUCGACGACUAACGAUGAUCUUGGAAUCACGUUCCUGGCCAUAUCGGACGGUCAAGAACGUCCGGAUGCACCUCCCUCGGACUUCUUCUCCAUAGAGAAGUCGAUGGAGAACAUCAUGCCGUCUCAACUCGAACGGAUCCUACUACAAGAAGACGUGGGUGUGGCUUGUGUUGUAGUCGAUUUAUUGGCUUCGUGGGCUAUAAGAGUGGCUGAUCGGUGUGGUGUUCCUGUCGCCGGGUUCUGGCCGGUGAUGUUCGCUGCUUACCGUAUGAUUGAAGCUAUACCGGAGCUCGUACGGACAGGCAUAGUUUCCAGAAAAGGGUUUCCUCGUCAACCAGGAAAACCAUUACUCCUAUCUGAACAACCGCUCUUAUCCGCCGGAGACCUAUUAUGGCUGAUCGGAACUCCCACAGCUCAAAAAGGACGAUUCAAGUUCUGGCAAAGAACCCUAGAACGAGCAAAAAGUCUCCGGUGGAUCUUGGUAAACUCCUUCAAAGACGAAUAUGAAAGUGAAAUCUUUAAUCAAGAUCGAAACCCUCAAAUCCUUUACGUUGGUCCAUUGCAUGACCAAGCAGCAACAAGUGUUACAACUUUAACCAAAAGCCCUACUUUCUGGGAAGAAGACAGAUCUUGCCUAGCUUGGCUCCAAGAACAGAGGCGAAACUCAGUAAUCUAUAUCUCAUUUGGAAGCUGGGUUUCUCCAAUAGGAGAAUCAAAGAUUCGUACGUUGGCGUUGGCGUUGGAAGCGUCAGGAAGACCUUUUCUUUGGGCGCUAAACCGGGUAUGGCAGGAGGGACUGCCACCAAGGUUCGUGCACAGAGUCACCAUAGCGAAGAACCAAGGAAGGAUUGUGCCGUGGGCCCCGCAGAUCGAAGUUCUUAAAAACGACUCAGUGGGUUGUUUCGUGACUCACUGUGGCUGGAACUCGACCAUGGAGGCGGUGGCAAGUUAUCGGAGGCUAGUGUGUUAUCCAGUAGCAGGAGACCAGUUUGUGAACUGUAAAUACAUCGUGGAUGUGUGGAAGAUUGGGGUGAGAAUGAAUGGUUUUGGAGAGAAUGAGGUUGAAGAAGGGUUGAGGAGAGUCAUGGAGGAUGAAAAGAUGGGUAAGAGAUUGAAGAAGUUGAGAGAUAAGGCAAUGGGGAAUGAAGCACGUUUGUAUUCGGACAAAAUGUUUACCAUAUUUAAGGAUGAGAUGAAGUGA